AUGGCGUCGGUGCGUGUGGAGGAACAUAGUGGCCGCGCGAGUGUGAUGGCACGGGAGCGGGACCGUGGCGGAGGUCCCCAGACUAGCGAGCCAGCUGAAUGUGUAUCCAUUAUGGAAAGUGCGACACUACAUUCGGGCGAGCGGAAUGUGAUUCGAUUAUCAGCGAGAAGAAAGUGCAAGAGAAAACUGCGCGAACCAGCGAUGUGUGCGAUGGAGGUGGAAGAAGCAGAUGGUGGUGGUGGUGGAAGCGAACCAGCGGAAGUGGCCCUUCCGCACCGGCAGUAUCACUGCCAAAGCCACAGUAAUUCCAUUAAAAGCCCUAAUCACGCGGACAAUAAUGUAUGUACCGAAACGGAGCAGGGCGCCAAUGUGCGGCACCAACGCAACAGCUCUCUCAAGCAACCCCGGAACGGUGGGGCAUCGAAUGGGGACAAUAACAGCGACUACCAUUGCCAGCAGCCUGCGAGAACGGCACCGACGGCGACGACAACUAUGGAAACGACGCCGACGUUAAACUCCCAGAGCAAAGCCCAUCAAUCGUUUGGCCUCGCUUCAGCAUCCGCACUAUCAGCAUCACCAGCAUCAUCAGGAUCAUCAUCAUCAUCUUUACCGUUCAGCCUGCCAAAGAUUCUGAGCAAUGCCAUGGUAACGGUGCGGCUGCCCCGAUUGUUACUUCUAGGCCUACUGCUGUCCCAGCUCGGACACGGUUGCUCCGGGUUCGUACUGGACGGAUCACAGAAUAGCUUUGCACAGUUCCGCAAAUGGUACACCGGGCUCAAUGGGUCGCUGGAGCUCGAGUUCAAAACGGAGCAACCGAACGGACUCGUCCUCUACACCGACGACGGCGGCACGUUCGAUUUCUUCGAGCUGAAGCUGGUCGAAGGUGCCCUUCGAUUGCGAUACAAUCUUGGCGGAGGCGCACAAAUCAUUACCGUCGGUAGGGAUCUUCACGAUGGCCACUGGCAUAAGGUUCAGGUAAUGCGCAACGAUGAGCAUACAACCCUGACCGUCGACGGUGUCUCGCAGAGUCGCAGCUCCCGAGGGAAGGAGUUUCUGUUCGGCAAGUUUGCGACCAACUCGGACGUCUUUGUCGGUGGUAUGCCAAACUGGUACAACACCAAGCUGGCCCUGCUAGCGCUGCCCAGCGUCAUCUUCGAGCCAAGGUUCCGGGGCUCGGUGCGUAAUCUGGUCUACUCGGACCAGCCGGGCGUAUCGCCACGGAGGCAAGAGAUGCGACAACCGCGGGACAUCAAGUGUGGAGAUUCACCCUGCGAUCUGACGGCGAUGCCACGGGAAAAAGUGACACGGGGCCGGAGCUACUACUACCACCAUCACCACCACCACCACCACCACCACCACCGCACCACCAUGCACCGCCAGUCCCGGCACACGCGCAAACGGCCCCCGGAAACGUUGGCCAGGAGUGUCGAUCCGUCCACUUUCACCACCCAUCACCACCGGUUUGGCUUAGCACAAUACAUCCGUCCCGGCGGUCGCCGCCACUAUGGCCGCCAGCAAUCGCGGGUGCGGGUGUGGAAACGGAACGCACAAUUUGGCGGUAUCUAUCCGCCGAACUACGACCUCGUGCAUCACUGCCUUCGCACACUGCCGUCCGACAGCGACAAGCAACUUCGAACCAACGUUACGGAUGCCUGCGAGCGCCACGACCCAUGCCAGCACGGUGGCAUCUGCAUAUCAACCGAUUCCGGCCCAAUCUGCGAGUGCCGUAACGUGGAGUACGAGGGAACAUACUGCGAGCGAGACAAAGCACCGUCGGAGGCGACGUUCCGUGGAACCGAGUUUCUCUCGUACGAUUUGGGACAGACGGGCGGUGAACCGAUCGUUAGCGCCCAGGAUGCCAUCACGCUAUACUUUCGUACUCGCCAACCGAACGGACUGCUGUUCUACACCGGUCACGGAACUGAUUAUCUGAAUUUGGCCCUUCGCGAUGGUGGUGUAUCGCUGACGAUGGGUCUCUCGAACGGGAAGCAAGAAAUGCACAUCAAACCGUCCCGCGUACGCUUCGACGACCAUCAAUGGCACAAAGUUACGGUUCAUCGGCGUAUCCAGGAGAUCUCAUCGAUAACGAGCUUCUGUCGGCUGGUCGCCGUGGUGGACGAUGUGUACACGGACCAUUCGCACAUCGCCGGCAAGUUCACCAUGCUCUCCUCGUCCCGGGUGUACGUGGGCGGUGCAGUAAAUCCCCGGGCACUUCUGGGCGCCCGUGUGCACAACAAUUUCGUCGGAUGCCUGCGUAAGGUCGAAUUCUCUGCCGAUACACUGCGCCUCAAUCUGAUCGACCUGGCGCGCACCGGAUCGAAGCUGAUACAGGUGGCUGGACGGGUUGAUUAUACGUGCCCAUCCGGGGAUCCGCAGGAUCCGGUUACCUUCACCACACGCGAAUCAUACCUCCUACUUCCACCGUGGGACGCAUCGAAGCAGGGCAUACUGUCGUUUAAAUUUCGCACAAACGAGCCAAAUGGAUUAAUCAUCCUCAACACAAUGACCCGCGCACCGAAGAGUAACUUCUUCGCGGUGGAGUUGCUGAACGGGCACAUCUACAUCCACAUGGAUCUUGGGUCCGGUGCGGUCAAGGUGCGUGCAUCGAGGCGUCGAGUUGAUGAUGGCGUUUGGCACGAGCUGUCGCUGCGCCGGAACGGGCGCGACGGAAAGGUUGGUGUCGAUGGGCAGUGGAACGAGUUCCGGACGCCGGGUGAAGCGUCCCAGAUGCAGCUGGACAGCCCCAUGUACAUCGGCGGCAUUGGGCCACCGUACGCCGAGAUCUACAUUCCACCGGCCAUUUGGACGGCGACGCUACGCCAGGGAUUCGUCGGCUGUUUGCGAGACCUGACGCUGUCGGGCAAACCGGUAGACAUUGCCCACAUCGCGCGGCAACAGGACUCAGGUGCCAUCAAGCCGUCGUGCCAUGUGAUAGCGAACCAGUGCGGCGGACAGGUAUCACCCUGCCAGAACGGGGGCCAGUGUACCGAGGGCUGGAACCGACCGCUCUGCGACUGCUCCGCGACUCUCUUCACCGGACCGACCUGUGGCCGUGAGUCGGCCACGCUUGCCUUCAACGGAUCGCAGCACAUGGCGGUAUGGAUCGGCGGCACACAGGGCAGCCGGACGCAGACGGAAGAGCUGGUCAUACGCUUCAAGACAUCGCGCCCGGCCGGACUGCUGCUGGUCACCAGCGCCGAAACUAGCUCCUCCGAUCGGCUCGAAAUCGGGCUGGUUGCUGGCCGCGUACGGGCCAACGUGCGGCUUGGCGAUCGCGAAAAGAACUUACUCGCCGGUCUGACCGUCCUAAACGACAACAACUGGCACACGGUGAGAUUUUCUCGCCGUGCGUCGAACCUCCGGCUGCAAGUUGACGGGACACAGCCCGUCAGGGGUAUGUUAUCGGAUACAAUACUCGGUCAGCGACACAGCACGCUGGAGGUAAAAUCCAUACAUCUGGGAGGGCUGUUCCAUGCGGAGGAAGAAAUCCAGAUGACGGCCGCGAUGCCCAACUUCGUCGGUCAGCUGCAAGGCUUCGUCUACAACGGUCAUCGAUACAUCGAUCUCGUGAAGUCUCUCGGUCCGGAACUUUCCUCACUGCCGACGACCACUUUCAAGCUGACGGCACGGUUCGUAAACUCACCGCCCGGAUCGCCGUAUCUUCCGGCUACCUUCCGUUCGAAGCACUCGUACGUCGGUUUACCAAUCCUGAAGGCCUACUCGUCGGUCUUUAUCGAUUUCCGCUUCAAGACGCUCGAACCGAACGGACUGCUGUUCUACAACGGCGGCAAGCGGUCCGACUUCGUGGCGGUUGAGCUCGUGAACGGACACAUCCACUACGUGUUCGAUCUGGGCGAUGGACCGAUCACGCUGCGCGAUAAAGCCCGCAUACACAUGAACGACAACCGGUGGCAUUCGGUCAGCAUACGGCGGCCCGGGCCAAAAACGCACACCCUGGCCGUGGACGAGUCGAUCGAGAUAUACACGGCCAGCGGAAAUAACAUGCAUCUCGAGCUGGAAGGCAUCCUGUACGUGGGAGGCGUCUUUAAGGAUAUGUACACGCGGCUACCGUCGAGCAUUGCGUCCCGGUCCGGGUUCGAGGGAUGCAUUGCAUCGGUGGAUCUGGCCGACACAUCGCCCAGCCUGACGGAGGAUGCGGUGGUGCCGAGUUCGUUGGUGGUGUCCGGGUGCGAAGGACCCACCAAAUGUAGCCAGAAUGCGUGCGCCAACCGAGGCGUCUGUGUGCAGCAGUGGAAUGCGUAUGCGUGCGAAUGUGACAUGACUUCAUUCACCGGUCCUACGUGCUACGAUGAAUCAAUUUCCUACGAGUUCGGUAACAACAAAGGCCUCAUACAGUACAACUUUCCACCGGGCCGUCAACCGGACACUGAGGAGGACAGCAUAGCGCUCGGGUUCGUUACGACCAAAUCGGAUGCCGUGCUGUUGCGCAUCGAAAGCUCAACGACGCAGGACUACAUCGAGAUGGAGAUCGUGGAGGGAAACGUCUUUACCGUGUACAACGUUGGCACGCAAGAUCUCCCGCUGGGCGAGGUGGCCGUCAAGGUAAACGACAACAACUACCACAUUGUGCGGUUCACGCGCACCGGAGCGAACGCAACGCUGCAGAUCGACGACUACAACGUGCAGACGGUUUCAUCGAUCGGACACCAGUCGACUGUGUUUACCUCGAUGGCCAACAUACAGGUCGGUGGUAAGAUCGCACGCAACGGACGGUCACGGAUCGAGCGACCCUUCAGCGGUGUGAUCGCCGGCCUGUCCGUCAAUCGGCUGCGCGUACUCGAUCUGGCCGCGGAGCGCGACCCGCACAUCAACGUUCGGGGCGAUGUACAAUUGGUAACUGGCGUUUUAGAUAGAAAUGACCAAAGAAUGCAGCAGAACUCUUCCGAUCAUUUCAAGACUCCGGCCAGCGGCUACCCAGGCGUGAUGGACGAUCUCAUCUUUAGUGGGGCCGGUUCCGGUUGCCGCGGUGACGACGAGGACGAAUGUACGCCACCGUUCGAGAAUGGUUCGGGCGACGAUCUGAUCACGCCGGUAUACGUACCACCGACCAAGCAAACGGCCACCACGUCUUCGGGUGGUGGCGGCGGCGGUAAGGAUGGUUCGGGAGGGCGCGGACGUGGUAAGGGGGGCGAGAAGCUGUGCGAUGAUGAGGACUGUCUGCACGGUUCCGGCAGUGGUGAGGUGACGGAAGUAUUCACAACGUCCACGGCAAGAAGCUCCGAAACGAGCCCCGAAAUGACCUUUACAACGGUCGAUUUUGAUAGGAAAACGGAUGGCACCCCGUCGUAUACGACACAGCGUCGAACACCGGAUACGUACUCAUCUUCCUCACACACGACCAGCGAAAUGGAUACGACCAGUGGCAUGAGCAGCGGCGGUACUACCGGCAGUUUUGGCAGCAGUAGUGGAAGCUAUGGCAGUCCCGUAGACAGCUACGGCACGACGGUUUCGAUGGGCACCACAGGUUCCGGUACGACGGCGGGCACCACCACCACUGGGCGGGUGAUAACGACCUCCACCGGUACGACGGUGGGUCUCAGCACGUACGGGUCAACGACACAGCAGCAAUCACAGCACACACCUUCCGAAACAACCGUCAGCUAUCGCGACCGGGACCGGGACCACAUUCGUGAGACAACCUACCCGCAAACUCCGACCACGACCGAGGAGGAGAUUGUGGACGUGCAUCUGCCGACCGAUGAUGAGGACGAUGGUGAAGAACAACGAACGACCGUACAUCAAACACCGAACGGGCGACGACCACCGCCGGUGAAGGUGGCGGAAGCGCCCAACCCUGAGCCGGAGCAACCCUACCAGCCGCACCCGCAACCGUACCCGCCGACGCGCCUUCCCAAACACAAAGGUGGCCGCAUCAACUCCGAAGCGGAAGAGCGUACCGCAAUGAUCAUCGGGAUCGUGGCAGGGGCGCUGAUCGCCGUCAUUCUCGUCAUUCUGCUGGUGCUGUGGAUCAAAUCGAACGGUGACCGAUCGUACAAGACCGAGCACGACAAGAGUGGACUGUACGGGCAGGGUCCGAGUGCGGCUCUGCUGGGCGGAUCGCAUGGGAACUCGGGCACGCACAAUGCGCACCACUACAACCAACAGUCGCAGCAGGCGAGCCACCAUCAGCCGCAGCAUCAUCAUCAACCGUCCGCACCGCCGCACUACAAUGGCCAUCACUCGAAUGGCGGCAGUACGCUCCCGUUGAACGGUUCGCUGCGACACCACGGCCCCGGCAACGGUGCGAUGGGAGUGAGUGGCUCGGGCGGCGGAAUGGGCAUGGGUAGCGGAGGAAACAUGAGCAUGGGCUAUGGUGGGCUGAAUGGUAGCGGUAGCGAUAAGGGUAGCAUGCAGUCCAGCGGUGGUGGAGGCGGUGUGGCCGGUGGCCCUGGCGGUGGCGGAAUGGGGCAACCGCAGCGCAACAAGAGUCGCAACUCGAAAGAUAUCAAGGAGUGGUACGUCUAAGCAAUCGCGGCACAGAAAUUGAAGGUGAUACGGGAUCUCAAGAUGGAAAGUAUCAAUUACCCGAGGCUCUGCGCUACUUGUGGUGAUGCUGAAAAUCAUUCCGAAUCGAGCAUAGUGGUUGAUGAUCAUGUAAAAAAGUGUGGGAAAGUGGCAAUUAUCGAGUUCGCGCUACAGCUAGGUAAGGUGAGUCGUACAUUGAAGGCACGCAUAUGCAACUGAUCAGGAGUUGAAUCAUCCUGAAGCAAUGUAAAUAGUCAAGUUAGGAAUUAUGAAAGUGAUCGAAUCGUUAUGGGCACGAUAGCGAAGGUAAGAUACAUAUGCGUGAGAGUGUUGCCAUGAUUGAUAUUAAAAAAAUGAAGGAAACCGAGGGCAACAACGCGUAAGCAACGCCACAAAAAAAAGGAAAUGCAAUACAGCAAAGCGAAGAUGAGAAAGCAACUACAUUUUACUACCCUUUAGCUGCGUAUCCCCCUACUGCAAGAUACACCAACACUGGAAAGCAUUUGAGUACUUGAAGUACUUCCUUGCGAGACACAGCAGCAUUGUUUUCCGUUCUCUAUCCAGUGAACAAUUUCCGCUCCGAAACCUAGUAACACAUCCAGCAAAGAACCAAACCAAAAUUACGAUACGCUAACGAAAGCGCUUAUUAGGAGGAAAGAUGUGAAAAGGAGGAAGAAGAAAAAAACCAACCUGAAAGCUUUAGUAAAACACUAAGAAAUCGAGCACUGGGAUUGACAAAUUGUUGGCAUUGUGGUUAUUAGUACGAUUAUAGCAGUUAAGAGAUAGAAUGCGAUUUCCAUGUUACCCCGGUCACAGCUCCCGCAUGUUUGAAAGGGAUUCAGCUUUUCCGUUUCCGACCACCUACAGCGGUUCGGCCUAUUGCUUUCAAAUAAUCGUUACACCUUCCCCCCAGUUACGCGGAGAGCUCUCGAACAAAACACUACUACUCUUAGUUCUAGUUACUACUAGCUUUUUACUGAUAGUGGGUAAUAGAAUCUAUCAGAAAGGCACAAUACACACACACACCCACAAACAGUGUCAUACAAUUGCAGAAAAUUUGGAGAAAUCAUACCUGCUGCUAAGGUAUAUAUAUAUAUACAUGCACCCAAGGUUCAUAUGCUGUGGAUCGGUUGGGAUGGCCCGAAUCCCCGGCCAAUGCUACAAAACCCAAAAUUUAAACGGAAAUUCUUAAUGAGUAACAACAAACCAAGUCAAAACUAAAACCAGGAUGUAGGAUACGAUACAAAUGGCCCGGUGAAGGCCAUCUAAGCUAAUUUAAGCAUUACACCGUGUUCCGGUACAAGCAAAUUGUUUUUUCUGCACAAAUUUACUCUAAUUGUAAGGAAAUAUCGCGAAAAACCCCAUACCGAUGUAAGGGGGGGUGGUAUCUAAACGUAAGAAGGAACAUCCCCAAAUAUUGGAGAGCAGUGGGGUAGUUACAACCAAAAAGAAAAAAAAAAACAAAACACAAAAAAACACACAUGGUUUAGUCAAGCCAAGUAUAGAAACACAUUAAAUGGGGAGAAUACCAGGGAAAGAAUAUGAGAAAGAAAGAGAUAUAUAUAUAUAUACACAUACAUAAAUCAUAUUACAAACACAAGAACAGCAAAAAAACAAAGAAGAAAAAACUUACAAAAAAAGGAACUUAUUUUGAUAUAAAUUCCUUAAUGGUAAGGCCAAUGAUGCAAAGAAAUGCAAAAAAAAAGAUAAAAAAGAGAUAUUAACACCCACACAUACACACACAUACACCAAGAUAGUGAUAUAACGAACGAACGUGAAUAGUAUCGUUUAACAGAGCCUACUGAGCCUACAGCGCUGUAGUGUAAUAUCUGAUUUAUUCGAGCAUCGAAGGCACAAAUUUGCGAAUUCCAUGGAGAAAAGGCAUCUGUUUGGCUUUCGUUCCUAUAAACUUAUCACGCCCGCUCGUGUGUGUGUGUGUGUGUGGGUGCGUGUGUGGGUGAAAUUUUUCAAUCCUUGCCUUUUAUUGUGUUAUUUUUUUUAUGGUCACUUUUAGUUUCAUUUGUGUACACACCUUGGCUAAAACUCCUUACAAAAGGCACAUUCGCCAUAUUGUCAAAAAAAGCUCCCAGCACUACACAGGAUGGUUUGCAAAUCCCGUAGUAGGCGAUGCAGCGAAAUCCAAUUUAAAAGUACAUCAAAACCCGUCAAAUCUUGCACCGAAUUUUCUAUAGUUCUACGAACCGUUGGAGUGGAGAAGGAGAAAAAAACCAAACGCAAAAUGAAGAAAAAUUACACUCGAUAUUCUAUUUCCAAUUGUACGCGCACUGUCUCUUGUACUCUAAAGAAGCAACAACAAAAAAAACUCUCCAUUGAUACUAUGAACAAAACAAUGAAACGAAACAUUAUACAAUAUUAUCUCUAA